UAUCCGGUUCGUAUCGACGGAACCGGUUCAGGAUAAUAGAACAUCCAAGGGCAGACGAUACGAUCCAAGAUGGCUUCCGCUGUACCAGUUAUUUCUUAUAGUUAUCCCUUUUUAGACGAUUUUUUAGAUACAUCUACACUUUUUGAUUAUUUUAUGCAAUUUGAAGAUUCAGUUUAUAAUGACCAUUUUGUUACACCUUUAAGAAAUAACAUUAACCGUAUACAAAAUUAUUAUGAAACGGUUAUUCCAAUUUAUACCUUGGAUGAAUUUAGGUCUCAUUUUCGUAUGAGCAGGUCUACUGUUGAACAACUUUGUUCACAGUUAGUACUUACUGGGGAAAUACCCACCAUACAUGAACACGGCCGGUCCCCGAUAGAGUCGGAAAAACAGCUCCUGAUGUACAUAUGGUAUAUUGCUACAUCUGAAACCUACAGAUCAAUCAGUGAUCGCUUUGGUGUUACAAUGUCCUCCACUCAUCGUGCAGUGAGAAGAUGCACAACUGCUGUAGUGCACAUUGCAGACCAGUACAUUUGUUGGCCAGAUGAAGCUAAACAAGCAGAAAUAAAAAAUAAAUUCAAAGCCAUCAAAGGUCUUCCAGGAGUGAUAGGAGCUGUGGACGGGACACAUAUCAGUAUAAGGAAACCAACAAACCAUCCACAGAGCUACCUGAACAGGAAGAAAGAUUAUUCCAUUAUUCUGCAGGAAUGA